CAUCUUCAAAGAUUAUGUCGAACCUUUGUCAUCGUCAUAAUGUUGACAAAUAAUGCCGUAGAGGGCAUAAUCAUCUUUCCUUGAUGAACUUGAUUGAAUUUAAAAAUGAAGAGCAAAAAGCAUAAGAAAGAGAAAAAGAAGAAACACAAGAAAGAGAAACACAAAAAGAGAAAUGAGACUUCUUCCGAGGAGAGUUCUGAGCCUGAGAUGGAAUGGGUCGAGUCGACUUCCUCCUCCCACCAACCCCCCAAAGCCCCAUCUCCCGAUCCUGUCUCUAUCACUCCAAGCGAGAAAGAGAGAGAUGAUCCUUUAUCACAGGGGGAAGGAAAUUGGUUAGAGAGUCCGUUCCUGACUGCUGCAACGUCUUUGGCUGAUAUCCGCAAGAAGAAAAAUGCAGAGAAAGAGAAGGAAAGAGAAAAGGCACAGAACCUUGCUGAUGCUGAUUAUUCUGCCAGAGAGCUGAAUCCAUACUGGAAGGAUGGGGGUACAGGUUUACCAGAGGAGCGGGACACCUCUCGGCAUCAAGCACCUCAGCCAGCCAGGAAGGUGGGACACGGGGUUGACGGAGGUGUCAGCUGGCUUAAGAAGUCUUACCAGAGGGCAGUCGAGCAGGCCAGGGAGAGUGGUAGACCAGUAGAUGAGGUGGUGGCUGAAAGGUGGGGGUCUGUUGCAGAAUAUGAGAGACUCCUUGCCGAGGCAGUGGAAGCAAGCGGUGGACAUUCUAGAGGACCACCACCAGGAUGGAGAAAGAGAAGGGAUGAUGAUGGGGAUGGCAGACGAAGAGAAGGAGGAAGGAGAGAUGAUGAGAGGGAUCGAAGGAAAGAUGACAGAGGAGGGAGGAAUAGAGAGGACAGAUAUGAAUCUAGGGAUAAAUUCCAGAGGUAUGACUCUGAUUCCAGGAGAGACAUAUCCAGUAGAGCCUUCAAGAAGCCUGGAGAUGACGGUGAUAGUUUGCGAUCAAAAUUCCAAAGGCCCGGGGAUGAAGGUGGUAGGAGAGACGAUAGGCAUGGAUCACGUUCAUCGUAUGAUAAAGGAUCAUCGUCAAGGGAACGUAGCAGGAAUGAUGAUUUACCAAGUUGGAGAAAGACUGGGUUUAAGAAACCAGGAGAGGAUGAAGAUGAUUCUUCAACUCAUUCAAGAUCCUCCUCCUCCAGAAUGAAACCUCCACCAGCAUCAAGUUCCUCCAGUGGGGGUUGGAGGAAGCAGGGAUUUAAGAGACCUGAUGAUGAAAGGGAAGGUGCUAGAUCAAGCCCCUCCUCAUCCGGAGGAUGGCGGAAGUCAAGCAGCUACGGACCUGAGAAGGAUGAUAGGCACUUAUCAUCCAAAGACCACUCCUCCUCAUCCGCUGCAUCACAGCUACCUUCGUUAUUAUCUGCAUCUUCUAAGAGGUCUCGGAGAAGAAGUGAUAGUGAUGAAGAGAAGAGUGAUGAUGUAGGUUCAUCUGGAUCCUCAUCUCCUGAUUCUAGUGAAGGAGAUGCUGGAGGAGGGGACAAGGAUAAAGAGAGGAGUCCGAGCCCAGUCAAGAUUUUAUCAGAUAUUGAGAUGAACCAGCUUGGAGCUAAACUCGUUAAAGCAGAGAUCAUGGGCAAUGAGGCCCUUGCUCAGAAACUGAAAGCAGAAAUUGAGAAUGCUCGUCAGGCCAGGGUUGCCCAUAAGACAAAACAAUUGGAGAGUAAGGAAAAAGAGAAACCUCCUUCAAAGAAGACUGGUAAGAGGUCACAUGAAGAAAGAGAAGAAGUCAUCUUGACCAGAACUGACCAUAGUGGACAGAGCUGGCCGCUGGCCGAGCAAACAGCUCCCCCUACAGGUGGAAAGAAGAUGAAGAAAAAGAAUAUUGUAACCCAUGACAAGGGAGGGGAGAGGGAGAGAUACUUUGCAGAUGAUGAUGAUGUUGACUUGGAGACAAUGGUGAGAAGAGAAAAGAUGGGAUCUUCUGAUGAUCAUAACAGACUUCUCAACAAAGUAGCUAGCAAGAAACUAGCGCUGCUGGAUUCGGAGUUUAACACCCUGGAUGAGAUGUUUGUCUCAUCAGCAGCAAAGGCCGAGUCCAAGUCAAAGGUGGAGGAACGUGAAAGGUCAAAGGCCAUCGCUGACCAUCAGCAUACCAUGUCCAGACUGUCCAAGUGUCCUUUCUGUCUUGAAAGUGAAGAGAUGAAGAAGCAUUUGAUUGUAGCACUCGGGUUAAAGGUGUAUCUGUGUGUGCCACAGACAAGGUGUAUUUCCGAAGGACAGUGCUAUAUUGUUCCAAUGCAACAUACGGUAGCUAGUACAGCAUUGGAUGAGGAUGUCUGGGCUGAAAUACAGGUGUUCCGGAAGGGUUUAACAAGGAUGUUUGAGGACCAUGAGAUGGAUGUGGUGUUUCUUGAGACCUGUAUGAAUCCUAAGAAGCAGAGGCAUAUGUGUAUUGAAUGUCUUACCAUCCCUAGAGAGCUCGGAGAAAUGGCACCUAUCUACUUCAAGAAAGCUAUACAGGAAUCUGAGUCAGAGUGGACACAGAACAAGAAGCUGAUCGACACCAGACAGAAAGACAUUCGUAGAUCUGUCCCUAGGGGGUUUCCCUUCUUCAGUGUUGAUUUUGGUCUCGAUGGCGGAUUUGCCCAUGUCAUUGAAGAUGAACUAGUCUUCCCUCAUUACUUUGGAAAGGAAGUGAUUGGAGGCCUUCUUGAUGUUGAACCUCGUCUCUGGAGACACCCGCCCAAGGAGAACUUUCAGGACCAGAGUAAACGAGUCCUGGAACUUAGUCAAUGGUGGAAACCAUUUGAUUGGACUAAGAAAAUUGAUAGGGAGAAGAGUUGAAGACCAGCAGGUUAAAGCCUAGGAACCCUGCCAUUGGACUAGGAAAAUUGAUGGGGAGAAGAG